AUGGCUUAUCAAGAGACCUUACUGGGGCUCCGUUUCUCAUUAGAAUCACAGGAUGGUAUGUCGUUCAUUCCAAACUACGAAAUGCCGAUGAGUGCUAAAAGGGAGGCAUUAGAGGCAUCUCUUCAGCCCACCUCAGUCCUCUGCCGGUGGAGUGUCCGCACCUCUGAUCCAGUACUUGGAGCGUUCGGUUUCGCUACUGUCGAAAUGGUACUGCGCAAUCCAAGCGCGCCUAUACACGAGCAAUCUAUCCCGGGGCCGAUCGUUAUGAACAACCCCGCCCUGGAAAGGUUCAUAGUGCAAGCAGCCAGCCAUGCUGAAUACGGUGUUCCCCUCGGGUUCCAGUUGCUCCUACCUGUGUACGUUGGCCAUGUAGCCCGGUCAGACAUCAUCGAGUUUCGAAUGCAGGGCUGCGACUGGGUCGCUGCUGCGGCCGGGCUCAUGCAACCACGGCAGAAAGUGUUGCCUUGGACACAGGGGACUAACGGAGGAGACAUUUGUCUAGAAAAGGUACUGACUGGGGCGAUUGGGGUUAUCCAGGCGCGAGACGUACCAGGUGUGGACGUCACAGAGGCGCUGAACCAGGUGAGGAGGGCCGUCAUCGAACGGCUGAGCUUCCGCUGGAUCCUGCCGAACCCGGUGCCGCCACGCCGUCUUGCCAUGGUGGAAGUUCGACAGGAUUACAAGUCCGUUGGAGCCAUCUCUGGUCUUGGGAUCCAGCUGAUUGUCCUCGACCGGCCAGGCCACUGGCUGGAGCUGGAUGAUGGGCCCUAUGCCCACUUACGGGAGGCGUUUGUCCCAUUCGAUACCAACGUAGACGCCUCCUUUGCUGACCGGUUGAUGCGAGCACUUGAACCGCUCCGCGUUGAUGGCGUCGUCACCAGAAACGACAGGCUGGUCACUGCGGUGGCUGGGGUGGCGGAGACGCUUGGGUUGCCCACGUCGCCGGCGGCAGCAUUCGAGAAGGCGACGAACAAGUAUGCCACGCGACUCUCUGAGAUCGAUCGCGGCUUUGCCCUGUGUGUUUCGGGGCCCUCGGAGCUCCGAGAAAAGCUGCACCCGUCUGAUGGGAACCAGCCGGUGAACCUCCAGUAUCCGCUGGUGGCGAAACCAUGCGAGGGCGACGGUAGCCACUGCGUGUCGAAGGUGUUCACAGAGACGGAGCUAUUCCAAGCAGUGGAAAAGGUAGGGCGUCGCAUUAUCCGGCAUGAAAGAGGCGUUCCCGUCCCUUCGGACGUUCUUAUCGAGCCCUACGUUGACGGUCCAGAGGUGGACGUCAACUUUGUCCUCUGGGACGGCGAGAUCCUGUUCUCGGAGGUGUCCGACGACUUUCCAAGUGACGCAGAUAGCCCGGGAGCCACGAGCUCCGAUACAUUCCAAGAGACUGCGUUUGUGCAUCCAUCGCGGCUGCCCCCCAGCGAGCAGGACCUCCUGCGCCAGGCGCUGCUGGAUCGCAUUCUCCAUAUGGGAUUCCGAAGCGGCGUCUUCCACGUUGAAGCGCGGGUCAGGAACUCGGCCAUGAAAUACGCUCGGGAGAACGGCAUAGUGGACCUGCGUUACGACGCAACAAGCGAUGAGCAGCGACAGCCAAAGCCGAGCGUAUUCCUCAUCGAGAUCAACGCCCGCCCUCCCGGCUACUACGGCCUCAUGUCCCUCGCGUGGACUUACGGGGUCGACUACUUUGCUCUCCAUGUACUCCAUGCACUGGGGGAUGAAGUCCGCAUGCGAGUCUUAUCCCAGCCGUUUAUGCGCGGACCGCAGUACGACGGGGCACUCAUGUUGAUCAUCCCGGAGAAAGGAGGAAUUCUCGCGUCCGGUGACCCCGCGGAGAAGUUCAGGGAACAGCAUCCAGAAGUCAUGGACGAUAUUCUCCUGCGACGAGAGCCGUUUGCCAGGGGAGACUUGGUGCCGGGUCCUGACGCGCCAACUAUACCUUUUCUGUCCGUGCUCGUCCUUUGUUCGAAGCAUGGACGUGGAGGCCUCUUGCGCAAUAUGGCAAUCAUUCGACGUGAAUGGCGUCACACAAUUGAAUGA